AUGAGUGAUAUCGAAUCGGUAACAUCCUUCGAUUCGCAGGAAUCUAACUCUGUAGUGGAAGAUCAACAACAACCACAACAAUACGUUCCUUCAAUCUCAAAUUCACAUAAUAGUAUAAAUAACGAUGAAAGAACUCGUUUAAAAUUAAUUCGUACUGAAACUGUAAAAUCUUUACAAGAUAUGGGUAUGAAUGCUACCCCUGCUGUUCCUGAUGUUAAUGCACCUCAGUCAAAUAGAAAUGCAAUUUUCCCAGAAGAAUAUACAAUCGAAACCACAACCGGUUUAGUCCCGGUGGCUACUUUACAAUCCCUGGGUAGAACUUCUACCGCUAUUUCACGUACUAGAACUAGACAAAUGGAUCGUUCUAUCAGUGUAGUCUCUUCUCGUAGUAAAGGCGAGUUAGAAGAAGAUGAAGAAGAAGAAGAAGAUUUUGAUGAACCUGAUAAUAACCGCGCAGAAUUAGAUCCAGAAAUCGAAUUCGUCACUUUUGUCACUAAUGAUCCCCAAAAUCCUCAUAAUUGGCCGCUAUGGAUCCGUUGGGGUUAUACCAUUUUACUAUCAUGUUUGGUCAUAUGUGUCGCUUACGGAUCCUCAUGUAUCACUGGUGGGUUUGGUACCGUGGAAGAUAAAUUCCAUGUUUCACAAGAAGCAGCUAUUUUGUCAUGUUCAUUAAUGGUUAUAGGUUUCGCUGUUGGUCCUCUAUUAUGGUCUCCAGUCAGUGAUCUUUAUGGUAGAAGAGUUGCUUACUUUGUUUCCAUGGGUUUAUAUACUAUCUUCAACAUUCCAUGUGCUUUGGCUCCAAAUUUAGGUUGUCUUCUAGUUUGUAGAUUCCUUUGUGGUGUCUUUUCUGCAUCAGGUUUGUGUCUAGUUGGUGGCUCCAUUGCUGAUAUGUUCCCAAGUGCCACAAGAGGUAAAGCUAUUGCAUUUUUCGCAUGGGCUCCUUACGCUGGUCCAUGUACUGGUCCUUUAGUCAAUGGUUUCAUUUCUGUUUCCACUGGAAGAAUGGAUCUAAUCUUCUGGGUCAACAUGGCCUUUGCUGGUGUCAUGUGGAUUGUUAGUUCUGCAAUUCCAGAAACUUACGCUCCAGUUAUCUUAAAACGUCGUGCCGCUAAGCUUAGAAAAGAAACAGGUAACCCAAAGAUUAUGACUGAACAAGAAGCUCAAGGUGUCAAUUUCCAGGAUAUGGUUAAAGCUUGUUUAGUUAGACCCUUAGAAUUCUGUGUUACCGAGCCUGUUCUUGUCAUGACCUGUUUCUAUGUCUGUUUAAUUUACUCUCUAUUAUACGCUUUCUUCUUCGCUUUCCCUGUUGUCUUUGGUGAAUUAUAUGAUUACGGUGAUAACUACGUCGGUUUAAUGAUGAUUCCAAUUUUAAUCGGUGCUUGUUUUGCAUUACUUUUCACCUUCUACUGCGAAAAGAAAUAUCUAAGCUUAAUUGAAAAGAGAAGACCAACACCAGAAGAUCGUCUUUUAGGUGCUAUGAUCGGUGCUCCUUUUGCUGCCAUUGCUUUAUGGAUUCUUGGUGCAACUUCAGAAAAAAGUGUCAUGUGGGUCGGACCAGCAUCAUCAGGUCUUUCCUUUGGGUUCGGUAUGGUUUUAAUCUAUUACUCAUUAAAUAAUUACAUCAUUGAUUGUUACGUUCAAUUUGCAUCAUCUGCAUUGGCCACAAAAGUUUUCUUAAGAUCUGCUGGUGGUGCCGCAUUUCCAUUAUUCACAACUCAAAUGUAUCACAAAUUAGGUUUGCAUUGGGCAAGUUGGUUAUUAGCUUUCAUUUGUACUGCAAUGAUUGCCUUACCUUUCGGGUUUGCCGCUUGGGGUAAGAAGUUAAGACAUAAACUUUCAAAGAAAGAUUACUCCAUUGAUAGUAUUGAUGCUUAA